AUGUCCAAGCCCAAGGUCCUCCAGCUGGGCGAGAUCGAGCACGCUCACGAGGCAUGGGCUCGUCUCGGUCAGGUCGCGGACAUCAUCAGGCCCAAGGCGACCAACCGCGCCGAGUUCCUCGACGAGUGCAGGUCAGGCGCCCUCGACGGCGUCAAGGCCAUUUACCGGACCUUUGCGAGCGUUAAAAUUACGGGCCGCAUCGACGCCGAACUGGUCGCCGCGUUGCCCGAGAGCGUAGGCUUCAUCUGCCACAACGGCGCCGGCUAUGACCAGAUCGACGUGCCGGUCUGCACCCCGCGCAUCCUCGUCUCCAACACCCCGACCGCCGUCGACGACGCCACGGCCGACAUCACCAUCUGGCUCAUGCUCGGCGCCCUGCGCAACCUCAACGCCUCCGUCCUGUCCAUCCGCGACGGCCGCUGGCGCGGGAACCCGCCCCCGCCCCUCGGCCGCGACCCGCAGGGCAAGGUCCUCGGCAUCCUCGGCAUGGGCGGCAUCGGCCGCAACGUCGCCAAGAAGGCCGCCGCCUUCGGCAUGUCGGUGCGUUACUUCAACCGCACCCGCCUCGACGCCGCCCUCGAGGCCGAGUGCGGCGCCGAGUACGUCGACUUCGAGACGCUGCUCCGUGAGAGCGACGUCAUCUCCCUCAACCUGCCGUUGAACGUUGAGUCUCCCCCUUACCCCCCUCCCCCCCCCAAUCAACCCUUGACAACAUUCGCCCUCAUGAAACCCGGCGUCGUCAUCGUCAACACGGCGCGCGGCGCCGUCAUCGACGAGGCCGCCCUCGUCGACGCCCUCGCCUCGGGCCGCGUCGCCAGCGCGGGCCUCGACGUCUUCGAGAACGAGCCCGACGUCCACCCGGGCCUGCUCGACAACCCCAAUGUGCUCAUCGUCCCGCACAUGGGCACCUGGACCGUCGAGACGAGCGUCAAGAUGGAGGAGUGGGCCAUCGCCAACGCGAGACGCGCCGUCGAGGAGGGCCGCCUGAACAAUGUCGUCGUCGAGCAGAAGGCGCUGGUGCAGGAGUGA